CAAAGAGAGAAAAGGAGAAAGAAGCGAGAGAAGAAGGAAAGCUUUCAGCUGGACGGAGCUCAACCAGCGCAAACACGGCAGAAAUGUGGAUUUAACUCGAAACUCAGCAACGGUUUGAUCUCCACGUCGUUUCCCCGGUGCCAGCUGAGACAUGGACGCCUUCAAGCUGAUGAAGGAGCUGAGGCUGAACUACGAGCAGGAGGUUUAUUACCUGCCCAAAGAGACGGGCCUGGCCCUCAUCGAAUCCGCCGUCGAGGUGAGUGUGUUCCCGGCCCGCCGCGCUCGCUCUGGCAGCGGCCGAAGUGGGUCAGUUCUCACCGUCGGCGUCUUCCUCUUCCAGGGCGACAGGCGGAUCUCAGCCAAGUGCAGAGAUGCCAAAGUGGAGGACCUGUGGAGUCUGACGAGCUUCUUCGGUUACAGCACGCAGACGUUCGUGCUGGCCGUUAACCUGCUGGACAGAUUCCUGGCAAUGAUGAGGAUCCAGCCCAAGCACCUGUCCUGCGUCAGCCUCAGCUGCCUCCACAUGGCGGCCAAGGUGACGGAGGAGGAGUGCGACCUGACGCCCACCGACGAGCUGAUCCGCAUCGGCCAGUGCCGCUUCACCGUGUCCGACCUCAGCCGCAUGGAGAAGAUCGUCGCCGAGAAGCUCGACUUCAAGGCCAAAGCCGUCACCGCCUUAACCUUCCUGCAGCUGUACCACCGCAUCGCGCUCUGGCACUCCAGCGACAGGAAGCAGACCCUGAGCCUGGAGAAGCUGGAGGCUCAGCUGAAAGCCUGUCUGUGCCGGAUCUCCUUCUCUAAAGCCAAGCCGUCCGUCCUGGCCCUGUCCCUCCUGCGGCAGGAGAUCGAAGCCAUUCGGUCGCAGGACAUGCUGGAGAUCGCCUGUCAGAUCCAGAGACACCUGAAGAUUGCCGACGGCGAGCUGCGGCAGUGGAGCGAGCGCGUGGCCCGCUGCCUGUCGGACUACGCCUCCCCCGAGUGCAGCAAGCCCGACCACCGCAAGCUGCAGUGGGUGGUGUCGCGCCGCACCGCCCAGAACCUGCACAGCCACCGCAGCGUGCCCGAGCUGCCCACCAUCCCCGAGGCCUGCUGGGACGAGAACGACAGCGAGGACUCGUGCGUGGACAUGCUGAGCUCCGGUGAAGAGUCUCUCAGCAGCUCUCUGGGCAGCGAUGCAGGAGGAACCUUCUUCCCGAUGCACCUCCGGCGCCAAGAGCACCGCCAGUACCUCCACGCCUGAGACCCCGGACCCUCCCUGACCCCUGACCCCCCCACCCCGCCUCGCCGUCUUUAAUUUAUUCUUCAAUAAGCUCCGGUGCUGCUGGAGGAGAGCACAACGCCAGGGUUCGGCCUCUGAUCUCACAUUCCAGGUCUCUGUGGACUUUCCUGGUUCUGCCAAACGGCGAGGCCGCCGGCCCCGCCUCGCCUCGCCUCGCCUACACCUGCUGGGGUUUUUCCAGAGUGUCUCUCGACUGUUAUUGAUCUACGACUGUUGUUAUGAAUGAGAAGGUUGCGUUUUUUCGGGCGUGCAGAAGCCGAGAGCGGCGGCAGCGCUCUGACCGUCCUGCGACCACAGGGAAGUGGCGUCGGAUUUCUGUUCUGUGUCAACGUCUGACGGUUUCACAACAGAGCAGCGCAGCACGCACACACACACAGCUGACACAGAACAGGUUCCUCCACUGGGAAUCAAACCGUCAACUCCUCAGACGCGACUGACAAACGCUGCUCUCGGCUUCCGGAGGAAACUUUUAAUUUUGCACAUUAUUUUACUUCUUUCUUCUCAUUUCAAGUGUUAAACUGGUGAAAGGCUGGAGUCUGACUCCACGAGUUCAAGAAACAAGCAGCUUCCGAGUGUGUGUGUGUGUGUGUGUGUGUGUGUGUGUGUGAGAGUGUGUGUUGUACGUCUGAUACGGCUGGAAUUACAAGUUGCCAACUUUAGGAUGUAGCUUUAAAAAAAAAAAAAAAAACGACUGGUCUGGUGUUUUGAAUGUUGUAGAGAAGCAUAAUGUUGACCAAGUGUCAAAAAAAAUACAAGAAAAGCCUAAAAAAUGU